AUGCAACAACUCGUGGAAAUACGACCGCAUCCCGCAUCAUUUGUGCUUUUUGGAAAGGAUAAGCAGAGCAGCAAGUGGUUUGUCCUGUACUUCGAUUCACAAAUGCGCAAGGAAGAACGUAUUGCCGAGAUGGAGAAGCGUGAAUACGCUUCCUACAGUGUCAUUGGUGAGAGCAUUUUCGUGGUGGGAGGCGGGACUGCGCAACAACGCACCUCAAAGUGCGUCGAAGAGUUCUUGAUGAGAGAACGGCGCUGGCGUAGGCGGGCGCCCCUCACCGUUGGACGAGAAUACCAUGCUGCCGCAGUCGUGAGGGCAGGCGAUAACAAGACGUUGCUCGGCGUUUUCGGCGGAAACAACCCGGGCCAUCUUUCUUCCUGUGAAGUGUACGACGUCAGUCAGGAUAGGUAA